GCUGUCUAUACUUCCGCAUCGGUCUAUUCCUUUUCCGAUAUCGCAGCCAAUUGAGUCACUGGCUAACCAUCACUCUCUGACUCCCAGAAUGUCUACCACGAGUACCGUCUUGGUCGUUGAGCAGUCGACUCCAGCACGGAGCGAACGAUUCGAGAUUGGCAGACACCGAACCAGUGUUCGGGACACUGAAUCAAACCGUGCGCAAGUUCCUGUGUACUCGAGGUUCAGCAAUGCAGAAAAACGAGGUAUCACGGCCCUAUUGGCCUUUUGCGGCGUACUCGCCACUAUGUCCACGACCAGUAUUCUCGCCGCUAUACGGGAAACAGAUGCUUUCGAGAUUCCAUUGGAAGAUUUCAAGAAGAGCGCCGCAGUCAAUAUCUUUAGCGCUUAUACCGCCGCUCAAGAAGCUGUAAAAGAUUGGAAAGAACUUCUCCCAUCAAGCAGCCCAACUUUUAUCUAUAGCGGAACUGCGAGAACGUAG